CUGGGCCGGCUACACCAGCGCCGGCCUUUGACUAGCAGGGCAACCUAGCUCCCAGUCCCAGGAGACGGUAAUGGCGUCCUCGCCGCGGGUCUGCGUCACCGGAGGCGGUGGCUUCGUCGCCUCCUGGCUCGUCAAGCUCCUCCUCUCACGCGGCUACGCCGUCCACGCCACCGUCCGCGACCCAGAUGAUCCCAAGAAUGCCUUCCUGAUGCGACUCGACGGGGCUGACGAGAACCUGCGCCUGUUCAGAGCCGACGUCCUCGACAUCGACUCGCUGGCUGCUGCGUUCGCCGGGUGCGAGGGGGUCUUCCACAUGGCGUCCCCUGUUCCGGGUGAGAAGAUCGCUGAUCCUGAGGAAGAGAUGAUGGCUCCGACUGUGAAGGGCACCGUGAAUGUAUUCGAGGCUUGCUCAGCUAUGAAUGUUAAGAAAGUCAUACUCGUCUCAUCUUUAGCUUCAGUCAGUUUUAACCCAAACUGGCCAGAAGAUAAACUCAUUGAUGAGAGCUGCUGGUCCGACAUAGAGUUCUGCAAGGAAAAUGAGAACUGGUACGCUCUAGCCAAGACAAAAUCAGAAGAGAUUGCCCUAGAAUACGGCAAGAAGAAUGGAAUGCAUGUUGUUACUGUUCUGCCUGGCCUCGUUUUCGGACCACUGUUGCAGUCAGUGGUGCUCAACACUAGCAGCAAAGUUCUUGUAUAUAUGAUAAAAGGAGGCCCGGAUACAAUGAACAACAAAUUUUGGCCCAUUGUGGAUGUUCGGGAUGUGGCUAAUGCAUUUCUUCUUGUAUACGAGAAGGCUGAACCAUCUGCAAGAUACAUAUGCUCACUAGACCAAAUGGACAUAGUGGACCUGUUGGCUGUGAUGCAGAGCAUGUACCCUAACUACGGUUAUGUGGACAAAAUGGUCGACGUGGGUUGUAAGGUUGCAGUUACUACAGAAAAAUUGAAGGAUCUGGGGUGGGCACCAAGGGAACUCCAAGAGACACUGGCCGAUAGUGUUGAGUGCUACGAAAAAGCCGGUCUUCUAGCAGAUGUGGAUGGGAAUCCAUGCCGGCUUCCUUAUUUCUACAGAAUGAACACUGAUGGAUGAAACCCAUCCCUCUCAUAAUACUGUAGCAUUUGGAAAAUGUGCAACCAAAUGCAGCAAUAAGGCAGGGACCGGACUCUUGGUUGCUGUAUUUUAUCCGGAAUAUGUGCAAUCUGGCUGAACUUUGGUGCCAUGAAACUGCUAGAGAGCCUGUGAUUGGUGCUGGUUUCUAUCUAAACCAGUAGCUAAAUUGUAUCUUAUUAUACAUUAUCA